AUGAAAGCACUCGCUAUAGGCCUAUAUAUCUCGGAUGAGAGCCUGAUGACUUCCCACGGCUGGAAAAGCGUCAAUGAGUUCAAGAUCGCUGAACUUAUGAACGUUCAGAUCCACGUAGAACGACCCCACGAGACUCUCCCUGUUGUCGUCGGCGAGUUGGGAGGACCGAUGUAUGAAAUCGUCAAGCUCGUGACCGCAACUCUCAACGAAACGGGAGCCAUUUUGCAGGAUAGCGGCUAUACGGACAUGGGGUUUUUUAUUGCCCAAAUCCUACAGAGGGCUCAGGCCAAUGUCGAUGUUUUCCUUGAACAUCUCGUUAGAACACUCCCAACUUUUCAAGAUAUGGCUGUUGUUGACGAACAACCGAUCUACUGUUUCAGUAAAGCUUUGUUCCUAGUCCAUACCAUCUCCGUCCGCUUUUCUUCAGCAAAUCCUCCGCCGUUUCCUCUUCCAUCUGUUGGGUCCGCACUGCCCAUAUUGAGUGGUAACGCUGUACCCUCGCUACUCGUUCAUUUACAAGUGAUCCAACUGUCGGCCUCGUCACAGUUGUCUUCGAUUUCACUCCCUGUCGCUUCACCCGGCCUGACAACAAGCGGCCCAAUCGCCGGCCCACCAAUAACACUCGACCAAUCUUUCCUUCUGCGAGCGGCCGCGAUUUUUGCUCUCAGAAGCUCGGCGCCAUCAGAAUGGACCCCGGAUGUUGUACUGGAUGAAGCCUCACCAAUUGCAAAGAAAGGUGACAACUCCACUAUGACCCCAACCACAACCGCCACAGUUCAGCGCAACCACCACCACCACAUCCAGCGGGAGCAGCCUAUGCACUCACCAUGCUUCGUUCAUUCCCAUCUCGACAAGGGUGUUUCACUGACCGACUGGUUGCGUCUUCGUCAGAACGGCACAGACUCGUCCGAAAGUCGUAGUUCCUUGUCCUACGAUCUCUCCUCCUCAAGCUCGACUACAAGUUCCACGGUCGAUUCUCCCGAUGAUGACGAUUUCUCCAGUAGUCUGACAAAGCAGUUGGCGGAGACUGCCGUCGGUGUCCGGGAAAUGAGCAAACAACUGGGCAGAGCCCGCGUCAGAUCCAACAUCCAGAAUGUUCUCAUUAUCACCAAGGCCAGAGACAACAGGCUCAUCCAACUCACCCGCCAGCUUGCGCUGUAUCUCAUGCUCAAACCACGCCAGGGCCAGAGUCGCGGUCUGGUCGUCUAUGUUGACCACCAACUCCGGGCCUCGAAGCGAUUCGACGCUGAGGGUAUCCAACGUGACCAUCCAGAGCUAUUUGUGCCCGUUCAACGCAGGAAAUCUUCCAGCAGCACCUCAUUGCCCUCGAUGGCUGUCUACAAGGAAGAGCAGAAUCUCAAGGAGACCGGACAGUUGCGCUAUUGGACUAGCGACAUGUGCAGUCAUAGCCCACAUCUCUUCGAUUUCGUUGUUACCCUGGGCGGCGACGGAACUGUUCUUUUCACAUCUUGGCUCUUCCAGAGGAUAGUCCCACCCGUACUACCCUUCGCCCUCGGCUCUCUCGGGUUCCUGACCAAUUUUGACUUUGCGGACCACCGGACUGUAAUGGAUGCUGCUCUUGAUUCCGGCAUCAGAGUCAAUCUCCGGAUGCGAUUCACUUGCACAGUAUACCGCGCUGUCGUCAACGAAGACGGCAAACGGCGUAAGGCUGUGAAGAAAGGUCAUACCGGGGAGAUCAUGAUGAAGAAUGUCGAACAAGGUGGCUGGGAGGCACUAGAAAGUGGCUGGUCUGGUGGACCCGAGCUUGUCAAAGCCACGUCUAAGGAUAAAGAGAUCAUGUGCUUCACUACGCGCGCUGUAGAGACUUUCGAGGUUCUCAACGACCUCGUCGUUGACCGCGGACCAAGCCCUUAUGUCAGCCAGCUGGAGCUGUUUGGCGACGAACACCAUAUGACUACAGUACAAGCUGAUGGCCUUACUGUCUCGACACCUACCGGGUCGACUGCUUAUUCACUUUCCGCUGGAGGUUCCCUCGUCCAUCCAGAAAUUCCUGCGAUCCUGAUCACGCCAAUAUGUCCACACACACUGUCCUUCCGACCCAUGCUGCUACCGGAUAGCAUGGAAUUGCGCAUCUGUGUGCCCUUCGACUCCCGCAGUACAGCGUGGGCAUCAUUCGAUGGUCGUGGUCGCGUUGAACUGAAGCAGGGCGAUCAUAUCAAAGUCACGCCGUCGAAAUUUCCGUUCCCGACGGUUUGCGCCGACAACCAGUCCACAGACUGGUUCCAAGCCAUUUCCCGAACGCUCAAGUGGAACGAACGUGAACGACAAAAGUCAUUUGUGAUGGUAGAAGAGGAUGCUCCCACCCGACCCAAGAAAAAGCGGGUAAAGCAGCAUGAACCUGUGGAAGAACUUGUUGAAGACGAAGAAGAGGACGAGGUCACAGAUGAAGAGGAAAAAUUCGACAUAGACGACUCUUCUCCAGAAGCGGCGGCGGCAGCAGCAGCUUUAAAAACGCAGCAAACGCCAGACGAAGAGGCGCUUGGUCGAGAGAAGGCCCUAGAAAUCAUGGAGGAGGAUAGACUCCAUCGACUGGCAGCUUCUGCUCUCAAGAAAGAGCGUAGUCGCUCAGCCAAAUCUCGCUCGCGCUCCAGGCAACGGACAAAAUCGGCAACCCCUCAUGUCGAAUUUCACCUGGAAUCCUCUGAGCCUCGACGAGGUGGCAGAAUACCCAAAGAGAAAGAACCUGAACUAGACAGCGUCACAACACCCACCGUGGGCAAUCUAAAUCUGCCUUACCACCAUGGUCGCGGCCGGGGACAUUCACGCACUCGUUCCGCAGAUGUUGGGCCACGUGCUUUUGCGGUAUGGGGACAGGACGAAAGCGAUAGUAAUGCCAGUGAUAGUGACGAUAUGUAG